AUGACAACCGUUGGUGUGAGUGCUUCGGCCUCAGGCCCGGGCCCGGGCCCAGUCAACUUUGAUGACAGUUCAAGCGUCGCCAGUGACUUGAGCACACUCGACUUUCAGGGCGACUUUCACACUGAUCUAAUAGACAUUAUUCUAGACAUAAAGCCUCCUGGAAAGUUUGCUUUUGGAGCAGGAAUAAAAACCCCCUCUGACUUCAGUAUCUCGGUGAAUGAAGUUGGCAAAGUUGCCCUGCCGCUUGGUGAAUCGCAGGCCCGCCAAAUCACCACCAAAGCACGCCAGGCCCCCUUUGGCAAAGGGACCGACACUUUUGUCGAUACGUCUGUUCGAAAUACCUGGGAACUCGAUCCUUCACAGUUCACGAUAGGGUCAGUAGAAUGGCCUGCGUAUCUUCAAAGUAUAUGCCGGACGGCUGCUCAACAGAUGGGUAUUGGCACACCUAUUCGUGCCGAGAUUUACAAGAUGCUGCUUUACGAGGAGGGUGCCAUGUUUAAACCACAUACCGAAUCCCUGGCAUGUUUGGUACUCGUCAUCAGCCUACCAUCCAAGCACAGUGGUGGUGACGUCGUUUUGAAGCAUUGCGGCGAGAAAAUGGUUUACAAGUCAUCUGCCUAUUCUAUUUCCUGUGCUGCUUGGUACUCAGAUGUAACCCAUGAAGUCCUUCCGAUUACUUCGGGUUACCGCUGGGUCCUAACUUAUAAUCUUGCCGUCAACCAAUCGCAACCAGCACCAUCUGCUGCUCUUAGACGGUCCGCAUCACAGCCGCUCCGACAUUGCAUCAGAAGAUGGCUUGCCCAAGACCAAGACUCUCGUCAAAGCCCAUACGUGUACCACAUACUUGAACACGAGUACACCGAAGCCAACAUAUCCUACAAAACACUAAAAGGACCAGACAUGACCCGUGUCGCGGCCAUUCGACAAGCUUGCAAUGGGCUUCCAGUUGCAAUAUUCCUUGCACUGGUAGAAAAGAUGGAGAGUGGCAGUGUCGCCUUCGAUCCUUACGAUUUACAAUAUGGCGACGAUUCCGAUACCUCAUACCACCAUAUCGAUGACGUCCUUGAAUCAGAACUCAGUGUUAAGAUCACCAAAGACUUGGAUGGCAAUGUCGUUUCGGGUAAGAUGUACAUUGAAGAGGAUCACCUUCUUGAGCCCGACGCCUUUGAUAAUAUAACUGCCGCCAAGGAAGACUACGAAGGGCACACGGGCAAUGCUGGCGUUCAAGCAACCCAUUGGUAUCAUAUUGGUGGUGUCAUAAUCGUUCCUUACGACUCAAUCGGCGAUUUCCUCUGCCAGUCUCAGAGUCGUUCUGGCGGCCCAAUAGAGAAAAUACCGCAGACACAGAUCAACUGGCUCGCACAGCUCUGUUCGAAGCCAGAUGUUCAGGACUAUUUGCUUGCUACGAUGGUAGAUCUCGUUGAGUAUGCAGUACCUCAUCUAGAAAGCAGAGGAUCCCGGUCGACGGACACAUCCAUGGUGUCGAAUAUUCUCAAAGCCGCCUUGCUACACAAGAAGCACAUGCUAUUUCAGACUGUUCUCGCGAAGCUCAGCAGUAUUGUGUCAUCCGAGUGGUAUGGUUGGCUGAGGGAAUGGCUCAUUAGGGAUGAUGGUGAAGCGAAGACUUUGGAGCGGUUCAACACGGUCAAGAACGGGUUAUCGCUUGCCAUGUCAUCGCAUGAUGGGCUAAGCCACAAAUUUGAGGCUAUCAGUAACCUCACCCCUCUUCCCAAAGACUUGUCUCCUAAUGCUCUCCCUACCCCUGAGCCUAUCAUAGACUGGGCUCGACAGAUGAUCCACAAGUUUCUCGACGGUAAUGGUCCCAGGGAUGCUACCAUCAAGGAUGGUUCAUCCGUCGUCAACAUGGCAAUGUACUUUGAGGACCCCAUUCUCUUCCUAACAGAAUCGUAUGUUCCUCUAUUCCCCUAUUGUCUUACCGCAGCUCUCGUUCAUCAAACUAAAUUGGAAUCAAGGCUGGUGCCCGUUUUCAAAAAGCAAAUAUCGGCGCCGUCGUUCCGCUUCAAGGUUCUAUCUCAUUUGGUGGUUGUCACUAUUGAAGAAAAACUUCCUUCAAAUGAGUCUAUGAACCUUUAUCGGACUAUGGCCCGUUCUCUCAUUGAAUCGCAGGAUUUUACGCUACUACGCGAUGCCAGAGUCUUGAGUGCACAGGAAAAGAAGAGGACGCGUGAACCAUGGCGGAUGGGCGGAGUGGGCAUAGACUUGUGUCGAGUUCGGCGUGAACUGGAGACCGCAAUCACGCACGAGACUCUGGCCAAAUUCUUUGUGUCUCUCCUCAAAGUCAGCACGGAAAUUUAUAACCUUACAGAUGAGUUCAUGGCCAAGCUAAUCAAGCAAGCCGACAAACUCCCAGUGGUCGAACUCUCUACUAUGUGGAUACCUUUCUUGCAAUGCAGCAUUGAACAAAUGGGGCUGGGGAGCAUGCUGCUUACUACACCAUUGUAUCAAAAGUUCUUUUCUGCCCUCGUUCUGGCUACACUCGAGCGCUAUCUUGGGCCUGAGCCCCCAAGACCCGCAAACUGGUCUAUGGCAGGCUCGAAGUGCUCAUGUGCUGAUUGCGAACGCUUGAGCGCCUUCCUUGCCCACCCAACCCAGAUGUCUGCAAGGUUCCCGAUGAACAAGAGCCGUCGCUACCACCUCCACAGGAAUAUUGAAGCCGCCGGUAUUGGUUGCGCCCAUGUGACGGACCGCAGUACAAACCCAAACACAAUGGUGGUAACAAAGACAACCCGACCUGAAGAUGUUAUAUUACAACAAUGGCAGGAACGGCGAGACCAAUGCGCCGCAAAGUUUGGGAAGUUUAAAGUAGAGCAUCUUAUGACACUACUUGGUCCGAACUAUGCCAAGAUUGAACGACUUGGUCCAGGACCGGCUCAAACGCCUACUUCGCAGUCUCCAGUGGUUGGAGAGAAGCGUACAGCUGCUACCGCUCUUGAAAUUAUUGAUUUGACGGAGGAUUAA